GUUAUAUAGGAGGCUAUGUUGAACAUUGCAAUUUUUCUAUUUCUUUCUUUUGUAUUAAAAGAACAAAAUUCCACCUUCCCAAGCUCAUUUAUUCACACAUGGUGCAACCCAAAAUCAACCAAAUGGGUGGAAAAACUGUUAAAUCUGGUAACAUUAAUGAAGAAUACUGGUGUAAAGUGUAAGGCAUAGGUGUCAAACUCAAUUCCCGGAGGGUCGCAGCCCCGUAGAGUUUAGUUCCAACCCUAAUUAAAUGCACCUUACUCAGCUAAUCGAGUCCUUAAGGUUUAUUUGAAAGUUAAAGGUAUGUUUCCUGGAGCAGGGCUGAGCCCCUUCAGGAACUGAGUUUGACACCUCUGGUGUAAGGUGUUCAAUUAUUAAUAUAUUUUUUUUCUCUCUCAUCAGGUCUUUCAAAUUUGCCUGCUCUUUAUUCCAAACCUCGACCACACAUACAGACAAACACACUCACUCACUCACUCACUCACACACAAUAAAGGCACUUUUAAGAGCCACGUCCGUCCUGUUUACCUGUCUGUGCUGUAGUUUACUUGUCACUCUCUUUUUAGCUCUCUCUAUAUCUUUAUCUCUAUUUUCAUCUUUAUUUGUUUUAUUUGACCAUCCUUCCAGUUCUCUUAAUAGUUCCUAAAAAUCCUCUUUAUCGUAACAGUUUGUCCAUCUGUUGUUUGUUUUUGUGUAUAUUUCUUGUCUAGUCAUGACAAGGCCCAAAUUCAGGCCCUGCCCUUCUUGCCAGACUCCCAAUCAGGCAAGCAGGAAAACUUGUCAUGUCUGCUUUGGAAGCCUGUCCACCAAAAACAAAAUAAAAGAAAAAGUGGCAUCACUGGAUAGCCAGUGGGGGAAAUCUGUCCUUAAAAGCAGAAAUGCUGGGCGUAUAAUUGAUUCUGCCCGUAUUGCAGUGCUGAAACUUGAGGCUGUCGGAUACAAGCCAAUUUUAUUUAUUGGGAAACAGGACAAAAGGGCUUCAGAUAAGUGGGUGGCAGAUAUUAUCACGCAUCUGCACCCCACUCCUGUCACCAAAGUGUUUUUGGAGAAGAUGCGGAGGGCUUAUGAGUUUAUCUUAACAAAAGCAGCCGGAGAGCGCCGCCGCGGAGCGGCCGGAGAGAGAGCGUCCCCGCGGAGCACGCGGAGCAGCCGGAGAGAGAGCGUCGCUGCGGAGCAGCCGGAGAGAGAGCGUCCCCGCGGAGCACCCGGAGAGCGUCCCCGCGGAGCACCCGGAGAGCGACGCCGUGGAGCACCCGGAGAGCGUCCCCGCGGAGCGGCCGGAGAGCGUCGCCGCGGAGCAGCCGGAGAGAGAGCGUCCCCGCGGAGCACCCGGAGAGCGACGCUGUGGAGCACCCGGAGAGCGUCCCCGCGGAGCGGCCGGAGAGCGUCCCCGCAGAGCGGCCGGAGAGCGUCGCCGCGGAGCAGCCGGAGAGAGAGCGUCCCCGCGGAGCACCCGGAGAGCGACGCCGUGGAGCACCCGGAGAGCGUCCCCGCGGAGCGGCCGGAGAGCGUCGCCGCGGAGCAGCCGGAGAGAGAGCGUCCCCGCAGAGCGGCCGGAGAGCGUCGCCGCGGAGCAGCCGGAGAGAGAGCGUCCCCGCGGAGCAGCCGGAGAGCCUCACCAAGCAGCCUGAAACUGUAUUUGUUCUCAAUCUUGUUCCUGUGCCUUGCUCGCUCUCUCCAACCUCUCUCUGUCCUCCUUCCUCUGCUACUUCUACAACUGUUCUUCCCUCACUUUCUUCCCCUCUUCCACCUCAACUGCGGCAGAGGAAAAGAAGGUUAAACUCCUUUACCACGUCAAACUCUACCACCCCUGUCUCUCCUCCAUAUCCAUCUGCCUCUUCCAUUUCCAAGCCUUUGAGUCAGGAGGUGCCACUGGUAUAGAACAGAAGAAAAGGUAACUUUUUGAAUGGUACAACUUCACACUAUUAAUAAAAUUGCUCCCAGUCAUGACUUCAUGACUCAAUGACUUCAUCAUUGAUAGCCAGUUCACAGUAUUUUGUUAUUUACAUAUUUAUUUAGCUCUGUGUUAGUGGCCAAUGUCCAAGGGCGUUGGGAAACCAAUCCUGUACAUUUUGCUUGAUUGACAAAAACAGGAACAAAUUCACUUUGACACGAAUGGAAAAGACUGCAUAUCUCCUCACAUGUGAAUUUAUAAAUAUGGGCUUGUGUGAUUCAGCUAUAAAGCAUGAUGGCAUUCGUGACUUAAAAAACUUGUCUUUUCAUUA